GGAGGCCUUGUUGUGCACACGUACAUACAUAUCUGGGGCUCCAUCGAAUAGAUUGACGCAGGUUGCCCCGUCUCUAAGACCUCUAAGACCGGCGCCAAGAUGCUCUCGCAGCCCACGGUCACGGUGCUUGGCCGAGAUCCUGCGCGGCGGCGUCAGUUCAACAUCAACUGCUACGCGUUCCAGCAGGAUGCCAUAGUGACCUUCAACGGGUGGCAGUAUUCCUGCUUUUAUUCUUUCCGCCAAUCAGAUUCGUCGGACGCGGCCGGAGAGCCUCUCUAUGUCCAUGUCGCCAGGAGGCAGCUGCCCGGCGGCGAUUGGGAGGUCCUGGUGCUAGACGACUAUGCCCAGACGACGGAUGACGGUCACAACACGGUCCAGAUGGGCAUCUCCCCCGUGGACGGCGUCAUCCAUCUGUCCUUUGACCACCACUGUGAUGUCUUGAAAUACCGCUCCUCGGCUCCCGAGGUAGCUACGCGACCGGGCGACUUCGAAUGGAGGGCCUCGCUCUUCACGCCGACGCUCCAUGCCCUCCCCGGCCUGCCGACGAGCCACCCCCCGUUCCGAGACGUGACGUACCCGCGCUUCUUCGGGACCCUGGGCGGCCACCUGUUCUGCUCGUUCCGCGACGGCAAGGCCGGGCUCGGCAACGACCACCUGUACCUGUACGAGCCGGCCGAGAAGCGGUUCGCGUACGUGGGACGCCACCUCACCGGCAUCCAGAGCAACCCGUACGUUCACGGGAUGGACUGGCGCGACGGCAGGCUGCACGUCACGUGGGUGUACCGAGGCUUCGUGUACUACGACGGCUGGGACGACCCGCUCGACAGCAAGCACAAGCAGCAGGCCGGGCCCAACGGGGCCGAGAACAACCACGACAUGUGCUACGCGUACAGCGACGACAUGGGGUAUACAUGGCGGAACGGCGCCGGCGCCGUCAUUGCCCGCCUGCGCGAGGGCGAGACCAUCACCAACGACGCCGAGGGGAUUGUCGCCUUUGAGAUCCCCAAGCACUCGGGCCUCACGAACCAGGAGGCCCAGACCGUCGAUCAAGACGGCGGCGUCCACGUGUUGAACAGAGACACUCUGGACGGGGUAGAAGAAGAAGACCGUGCCGUGUGGAGACACUACUACCGGUCGCCAGAGGGGACCUGGUCACGACGGCCGAUACGACCCGUCACGGGGAGCGCUCGUGGACGGCUGGCGAUCAGCAGGACGGGCGACCUGUACAUUUUGCUCCCCAACUUUGCCGCCUCGGAGCUGCAGAUUCUCAGGGCGUCCAGGGCGGGCGGGUACGCCACCUACGAGGAGGUCUGGAAAGGCGGCAAGCUGACCGGAGAGCCGCUGGUCGACGCGACGAGACUGGAGCAUGACAACGUCCUGUCGGUCCUGGUGCUGGCUGAAGAGGAGGAUCCCGCGCGCGGGCGGAAUGUGGCCGUUCUCGACUUCCAGCUGUGAACCGCGCCCAACCGUACGCGAAGGCGGGGAAGAAGAGGGUGCGCUUCCUUUUCCAUUCGUCAAACCGAGACCUCGUGCAUGGGUACCUCUAUGUAUGUGUGCACUAGUGCAUUGCGGGAGACGGGGUCGGAUGGCUCAGAAAGAGCGGCGUCCAUGUGUUUC